AUGUUAUCUAACUAUUUACUACCAAAAAGUGAGGUGUGUUGUGCUGUUGCUGGUUGCGAACAACAUUCCGGCAAUGCAAUACAAGAAGGAUAUAACGUAUCGUUUCACGGGUUUCCAAAAAUUUUAAGACUACAAAAAAUUUGGGCUGAAAAAUGUAAAAUAGUUGAUACAUGGGACCCUCAAUUGUCAUAUUAUGUUUGUUCUAUGCAUUUUGGUCGAGAUGAUUUUAUUCAUGAUUUGGAAACAGAAUUGUCUGGUUAUGUUCCUAGUUAUCGAUAUUUAAGACAGGGCAUUACUCCAACAUUAAAUUUACCAAACGACUCGGAGAUGUCGAAAACGCCUAUCGAAUGUAACAGUAGCUUGAUUAAAACAGCUCAACGUAUUCGUGAAGUAUUGGCUAGAUCACUUCCACCAAGUUUUCUUCCCGGAACUACGAGUAUAUAUUCAUUACCACCAACAACAGCAUCUAUUUCAUCAUGCGACAACGAUACAGUUUCACACCAAAAUAUGUCUACUUCUACUGAUUAUAAAAAGUUAUAUAAUGAUACUCUCAAUGAAUGCAAUAUUCUAAAAUCUGAAAACAAGCAACUUUUAAAAAAAGUAGAAAAAAAAAAGAAGGAAAGUAACUGGACUAGAGAUAAAGUAGCCAAUGCUUUUGCACUAAUGUACCAUAGUAAAAGAGCAUAUGAAUAUUUAAAAAAUGAGUUACAUUAUUCACUUCCUGAAAUGUCAUGUUUUCAACAGUGGGCCAAAGCAAUAGUGAUGAAUAAUGGUCUUAUUGAAGACGUUCUGAAAAUAAUGAAACUGAACAGUGAAAAUCUUAAAGACCACGAAAAACUCACAGUGCUUAUGUUUGAUGAAAUAAAAGUCUAUAACAUAUUCAAUAAAACGAAUGAUAAAGUAAUUGGUCCAUAUACCAAUAUGCAUGUAGUCAUGGCUCUAGGCAUUGCGGCAAAUUGGAAACAACCAGUUUUUGUUGAUUUUAAUAUAUAUUCUAUAGAUAACUUCCCAUCACCAUUGAAUGCAGUACACAUAUUAAAAAUGAUAACUUUAGGAAAAUUUACAGACAUUCCUAAUGAAUCAAAUAUAAUGGACAAUAAACAUGAAGAAAUUAUGGUUGCUCAAGUAUUAAAAUCGGUUAACAUACAUUUUAACGAUGAAGACGACAAAAAAGAAGACAGUGAGCAAAGUGACUCGGAUACAAUAGGAGAAAAUGAAUUAAUAAUCACAAAAAAAGAUGAAAUGGAACUCAGUGCAAUUGAGUUUUUAGCAGGUUGGGUGGCUUUAAAAUAUAAGUCUAAAAUUCCUGAAAUCGGAUGUAUGACAGUGUCUAAUGAAUCAAACAAAGAUAUGAUACCUUCAUGGAUGAACCACUUAUCAUAUAAUGGAUUAAUGAUACCGAGAUGUCAGUUGAAAAAAAAUUUAAAGGUGCAAUUCUAA